UCUUCUCAGUUAAAGUGUGUCUCCUGCCCGCUUGUCAGACGGCCGCCCUUCUUCACGUUCUGUCAUGGGACAGGUAAAUAAUUCAAAACGUCAGGCCGUAUCAGAUGUGGACUCCUCGCUCUCUCUCUUGUACUCACCCUUUCUCGUCCUAUAAUAGGCAUUAACAGAGACCUGAAAAACCCAUUACAGACAUAAAGAGAGUGUGUCAUCACACACAGCGUAACUACAGUGUGAAAACUUUCACCAUCACAGGUACGUAAAGCAGUAUCUUCAGUGUUUUUUCUUUUAAUGUUUUGUUAAUGUUCUCUGAAGUUGGUUUUACAUGUCCGUUGUAGUUUUGUGUAGCGUUGAGUGUGUAUUUUCCAACAGAAACAGAAUGUCUGGUGCGAACAGUGACCUUCUUCAUAGAUCAACCUUGAGUGUUUAUAAUAACCUCAUGGAUCAGUUUAAUCCUGGCUUGCAAAAGCUGGUUACUUUAGGAAACAGCUACAUCAAGGCUUUUCAAGCUUUGGCUCUGACAAGCGAGGCAUACUUCAGCGCUCUUGCUAAGAUGGGCGAGCAAGCUCUCAACACGUUAUCAUCCAGAUCACUUGGUGACGUGUUGAUUCAGAUAUCAGAGACCCAGCGGAAGCUCACUGCUGAAGUGGAGGGUGUGUUCCACUGGUUUCACAUAGAGGUUCUGCAGGCCAUGGACAAGAAUGUGAAGCUGGACGAGGAAUACAUCGAAGGCAGCCGCAGAGUUUAUGAAUUGGAAGUGAGAAAUCAGGCUGCAGCACUGGAGCGACAGCUGAGACGUGGUGUGUUCAGAGACUCACUUGAGGGCAGUGAGUACAUGCAGUACCUGAGGCAGAGCCAGCAUGAAAUUCUCAAAGAGGAAGAAAGGAGAUAUCGUUUCCUUGCUGAAAAACAUUGUGGACUUACACAGUCACUACUAUACCUUAUCAACAAGACGGGAGUAUCUCUCCAGCUGAGAGCAGAUGGUUGGAAAGAAAAAGUCAGUGAGAGCAGAAGUUCCAGACCUCGAACACCCACUCCAUCAGAUCAAGAAGCUCAGUUGAAGAGCUCUCUGGGCUCUCUGCUGCAGACUGGAGACCGAGAAAUGGACCGUGAGCCUCUGGGCAGAGUGCCCUCUAGAGCCCCGUCUCCUCUCCCAAGUCGUUCCCGCUCCAGCUCUGUGGGCGAAUCUUUGGGUCUAGGUGGCGGCCGCUCAAUGAGGACCAUUGUGUCCCAUCCCGCUUCAUCCAAUCCAGUCCUGCUGCCAUUUGCCCGUGGUGACAUGGUAACUGUGCUUAUACCAGAACCACGCAAUGGUUGGCUGUACGGACGCCAUGACUCAAGCCUCCGUCAAGGCUGGUUUCCUGCUGCCUAUGUGGCAUCUACUGAAGACUUUCUACCUUUGGGCUCAAGCACGUCGCACCGAAGCCACAGCAUGAACAACCUCCUGGAGCCAACCAGCCAAUCAGAAUAUUCAGACACCCAGUGCUACAGUGACAUCCAUUCCCCAGUGGUACCUAUGCGUCGCGCAUCGGCUGAUCUUCGCCCAAUCUCUCCCCUCCCUGAAAAGAAGGCGGAGUCUAACAACGAGGUCAAGACCAGCCAGAAAACCUACAAUGAGAUUCCGCCUCCAGCCGCACCGCUUCGCCGUGGAUCAGCUGAUAUUCGACCAAUAUCUCCCCUCCCUGACAGGAGGGCAGAGUCUCAUUUUGAGAGCAAAGUAGAGCACAAAAAUUAUAAUGAACUCCCGCCUCCGGCUCCGCCCUUUCCAAACUCUCCUCUCCCUGAGCGAAAGACCGAAUCAACCUCUGGGAGGCCAACCACUCAUGGACAACCACCAGAGCACCCGCUUUUUCCCAGAGGAUCAAAUCCUUUUGCUACAGUGAAGCUCCGUCCCACAGUCACCAAUGACAAAUCAGCCCCACGGAUCCACUGACAGUUGUCGCAAAACAUUGACUGCACUUUGACCAGUUCAGAGUCUGUACUAAAUGUUUCAAUUUGUUGAUAAGUAUACAAUGUAAGUCAACUUUAAUAUUAGAAUCAAAAGAGAUUUUUAAACUUAAUUUAAUGGCACUUUUUAAACUAGCUGGGUAUUUAAUUUGAAUGGCUAUGUCCAUAUUCCAAAUGGAAUUAGGCAUACUAUAAAAACAUCCUCCAAAAAAGACUAAUGUUACAGAAUAGCUUUAUGAUUGAUGAACACCCAAGAGUUUCCACAUUUCCACAUCAACACAAGGGAGAGGGUUAAAAUUGUCAGAAAUAUUAAAUUGACUAAAAUCAUCUUAACAUAAUCGCAAGUCGAAAAACUUUGAAACUUUUAAAUUCAUAAUAUUUCAGAUUGUGUUGUUUUAUGGUGUUAAGUCUGAUUACUAUAUUUGUUUUCAUGUGUGCAUCUGUCUGAAUGUUGUGUAUUUGAUAGAUAUAAUAUGUAUAAGUUUUUGUGUUUUUUAAUAGGUUUAGCACAAAUUUUACUAAAGUUUUUUUUUGUGUUUAAGUGUUUAAGCACAAUUAUUUAUUUAUUAGGA